CGUUCGCGCUGCUCACACUUUGGCGGAGGGCGCGCGCCCUGGAAAAUUCCACACCCUAGCCAGCUCCACCCUAGGUGCCUUCUCUCCCCUCCCAGGCUCUUCACUCUUAGUCUCCAACCCAGCAGCCUUUGCGUGAACAAAAUGGCUGCCCCCACGACACGGGGGUUGUGUUGCUUAUCCAGGGCUUUAGGAUGGUGGUCUCAGCAGCCAGUCCUGGUGACUCAGCCCAUAGCUGUAGUUCCAGUGAGAACUAAAAAACGUUUCACACCUCCUACUUACCAACCCAAGUACAAAUCAGAAAAGGAGUUUAUAGAGCACGCCAGGAAAGCAGGAGUGGUCAUUCCUCCAGAACGUUUGGAGCGUCCCAUACAUCUGGCUUGUACAGCUGGUAUCUUUGACACCUAUGUUCCUCCAGAGGGUGAUGCUCGGGUGUCAUCUCUUUCAAAGGAUGGACUGGCACAAAAAACUGAGCGAUUGAAGAAGAAUGUGGCAUCACAGUUGUCAAUACGGAAGAUAAGAGAAUAUGAUGCUAAUUUUAAAAUAAAGGACUUCCCUGAAAAAGCUAAGGAUAUCUUCAUUGAAGCUCACCUUUGUCUAAACAACUCAGACCAUGACCGACUUCAUACCUUGGCAACUGAAAACUGUUUUCCGGACAUGGUCUGGGACCUCCAAUAUAAGACCGUCCGCUGGAGCUUUGUAGAAUCUUUAGAGCCAGCCCGAGUGGUUCAGGUUCGCUGUUCAAGUAUGGUGAACCAGGGCAACAUAUAUGGCCAGGUCACCGUCCGCAUGCAUACCCGGCAGACUUUGGCUAUCUAUGACCGGUUUGGCAGAUUGAUGUAUGGACAAGAAGAUGUGCCCAAGGAUGUCCUGGAGUAUGUUGUCUUUGAAAAGCACCUGACAAACCCUUAUGGAAGCUGGAGAAUGCAUGGCAAGAUCAUCCCUCCAUGGGCACCCCCUAAGCAGCCUAUCCUUAAGACGGUGAUGAUCCCUGGACCCCAGCUAAAACCUGGAGAAGACUAUGAAGAGCCACAAGGAGAGGCCCAUAAGCCUCAGUUAGCCUGAUGACAAAAGUCCCUCCUGGGGUGAAGUAUGGGUGAUGAGGUGGCUGGGAGCUGUGAAGUCAUCCAUCUCCAUCAUGCUGCAGAAAAAACUACCUUUAUUCUCUCCUGUCCUGCUGGGUGUUUACAGCAGUCUCAUCCUCGAUAACCACAGCUGAUAGCUGGGCCCAGUGGGUGGCUGCUAUGCACAGCUCUGGACCCACUUCUUCACAUUUUAUAUCUACCUUCUGGGUCUAUAUGAAAAACACUGUUUUAGAGAAUAUACGACACUAGUUUUUUUCUGCAGCAGGGACUGUAAGAAGCAAACUAACAUAAGUUUCUUUCUUAUCACAGGGCAGGGAUCAGCAUUUGAAAUAAAACACUUU